CGUGUGACGUCAGAGCGUCAGCUGGCUGACUGUUUACAUCCAGCAGUUUUUCUGUGUGUAUGUGUUUGUGUCUGACCCUCUUCCUCCUCGGUUUCUUCUCAUAUCUCAGGAACAAAAGGCAGUACACGGAGGGAACCUCACCGGCUCACACAUCAGCUGUCAGGAUGGGUGGAGCUGUCAGUGCCGGUGAAGACAACGAUGACUUGAUAGACAACCUGAAGGAGGCUUAUUACAUCCGCUCCGACCUGGUGGAGAAGGCUUUCAGAGCCAUUGACCGUGCCGACUAUUAUCUGGAUGAGUAUAGAGAUAACGCCUACAAGGACUUGGCGUGGAGACAUGGGAACAUCCACCUGUCUGCUCCGUGCAUCUACUCUGAAGUGAUGGAGGCUCUGGACCUACACCCAGGACUCUCUUUUCUCAACCUGGGCAGUGGGACUGGGUACCUCAGCACCAUGGUCGGCCUCAUUCUGGGACCGUUCGGUGUGAACCACGGCAUCGAGCUGCACGCCGACGUCAUCGAUUACGCCUACCAGAAACUUGACUCCUUCAUCAAAACCAGUGACAGCUUCGACAAGUUCGAGUUCUGCGAGCCGUCUUUCGUGGCGGGCAACUGUCUGGACAUUCCUCUAGAAAGUCGUCAGUAUGACAGAGUUUACUGUGGCGCUGGAGUCCAGAAGGAGCACGAAGACUACAUGAGGAACCUGCUGAAGAUCGGGGGCAUCCUGGUGAUGCCCCUGGAGGAGAAGUUGACAAAGAUCACCAGAACAGGGACCAGCACCUGGGAGACCAAGAAGAUCCUCUCAGUCUCUUUUGCUCCUCUGGUUUUACCUAAACAUGGACCAAAUGGAAAACCCAAGAUUGUCCCACUCCCCAGGUAUGAGGUGCGGACAUUACAGGAACUGGCUCGUAUCUGCAUCCGUCACACACUCAGAGUGACUACAGACGAGAAAGAGAGCCAGUCACGCGGCCGUGGCUCCUCCUUUAGCGUGGGUCGGGGGCUGGCCGUGGCGGGGCUGCAUAAGUACGGCCCUCGCUUCAAACGGCGGCGCGUCCACCGGCGUCAGUGCAGCAUCCAGGUGGUGGCUACGCUGGACGGUAACAACAACCAGGGAGGGAGAGCUGUGGACGAGGAGGAGGCAACUGCAGGAGAGAGGGAGAGGAGGCGACAAACGAGGGGGACAAGGAGAGCAGCCAAGACUGCAGAGGAAGAGCAGGAGGCCGCGGCCGCGGAGGACGAGGUAGUGGAUGAGGAGGAGGAGCAAGAAGAAGAGGAGGAGAAGGAAACUGGGGAGUUGCUGCGACCUCAGCCAGCCGUGAACCUCCUGAGAGAGAGGAUUCUGGGUCUGCCGCUGCCAGAGCCUCUGAAGAUGUACCUGCUUUUCUACAGAGAGAAAUAAGGCUGAAGACCUCAACCCCAGAGCUUAAAGAUACAAGGGAACGUUUUGGAUGUCGCCUCUAGGAGGCAGACUCCAAUCCUGACCAUGCAUCUCCUUCUUCAGCAUCUGCAUUAUCCUACUUUACUUCAACUUUCCUCUUCUUCAGUCCGUUCCUAAACCUGGUUUGGUCCACGUUUCAGUAAAGAGCUGCUUCUGUGGGAACAGAAACUAUUCUUGCAGCUGUGUUUAAGAAAACAAACUGAUGUGAAUGUUGAGACAGAGACAACACCGUACUGACCAGGUUCAAACUCCUACUGUAAUGUUCUGUGACGUUGUUCAUGCACAUACUCUAAAUUUGUAAUAUCAGUGAAUCUCAGUGCAUGUUCCCUCACAGAUUGGAGGACGAGAUGAGGCAGAGACGGCGUCCCGAUCUUUUGUUUUUCCUUGGAUUUCAAAACCAAGAGACAGUGUUUUCCUGACGAUUCGGCAGACUCUGAAAACUGUCUUUAAAGAAAAAUUACACAAGACAAGUUUUUUAUUCUGGUAGAAGGAUGAACUCUGUUUUGUUUGUUUUUUUCUAUGUACAGGACAGGAUUGUUAAGCCCCCGUAUUCUUCUGUUGGUAGAUUGAACACAGCAUAGUGGAUAUAUUUAGGAGUCUUACAUAAUUCCACUUUAGAAACAGAAACAAAACUGUUUUACUACACCCAUCAUCAACUUGGAAUACAUUUAGAAAGUAAACCUGAACUUCAGUUCAAAAGUUUGAUUGCAAACUGCACAAAUACGGUUUGUGCUUUGGCUCUUCUGUUAAAGAAGGCUAAUACAGUGGAACCUCGGUUUUCGAACUUCCUGAAGGCUGUUCAUUAACCAAAAAGUCCGAAAACUGAAACAAUUUCCCCCAUAGGUAUCAAUGUAAAAUGGAUUCAUCCAUUCCUGGACCCUGGAUGACUGCUUAUUCAAACAUUUCCAACAGUAUUUUGUGAACAGGUUCAUUAAAAAAGAUCAACACAACUGAAUAAAGAAUAAAGCUAUAAAUAGGAAAGGCAAUUUUAUUCAUCUAUACUGGAGCUAAGAAGUCAUAAAUUGCUUCCUUGUUCUUAAGAAUGGUACAAAUUCACAGAUUUUUCUGUUGUUGUUCUCACUAUUUUUUCCCACCUUUCCACAUUCACUAGCCUCUUUCAGGUCCCAUGGUGAUUUAUUGAAUAAUAAUAAAAAAGAAAAGAAAUAGCACAGCUAUAAAGAAAUACCAGCAAAAUCAGACAUCACUUCUUAGCGUGAAUAUCCUGAUCGCAGACUGACGCCACACACUCAGUCACUCAGUGAUCACCUGCUGACUGCCUGAUGUCGUUGGCGUGUUCAUCAACCAAGUUAUGGUACAACAACUGACGGGAUUUUAGGUUAAAAAUGUUGUUCGGAAACCAAAUUGUUCAAAAAGAGAAGCAUUCGACAGCCGAGGUUCCACUGUAUAUUGUGACAUUUUGUUCAUUAAUUCAAAACAAAAUAUUGUGAGCUCCCUAGCUGAACCUGAUGUGUUUAGAAGUUAUAUUUUAACAUGCUGCUGUUGUAAAGCAGAGUCUCUGAUGUUCUCACCUCAUCUGUACAUCACAUCUUCACAUUCAAAAGAAAGUGACCAGAAACAAUCACUACCUUCUUGUUAUUCCAGUAAUACACAGUGACUAAAACCAGCAUGAUGAAAACACAUUGUGACGACCACUUGUGUGUAGGGGUUUUUCUGUAAUAUCAUUUUCCUUUUCUAGUUUCCUUUGAUAUUUUGGUAGACUUGAAGUGACAUUGUUUGGUGAAACAUAAACAUACUCUGGUAUAGA